CGGUCGUAGUGGGAUGUCGCGGGGACAGGAGCGUGUGGUGGCCCUGGUGGACAUGGACUGCUUCUUCAUGCAGGUGGAACAGCGCCUCGACCCGCAGCUGCGUGGCCGCCCCUGCGCCGUGGUGCAGUACACCGAGUGGCGGGGCGGCGGGAUCAUCGCGGUGAGCUACGAGGCGCGCGCCUUCGGCGUGUCCCGCGGGAUGUGGGCGACAGAGGCGCGGGCGCUGUGCCCCGAGCUGGCGCUGGCUCGGGUGCCCCAGGCGCGGGGCAAGGCCGACCUCACCCGGUACCGGGAUGCCAGCGCGGAGGUGAUGCAGGUGCUGUCUCGCUUCGCCGCCAUCGAGCGGGCCAGUAUCGAUGAGGCGUACCUGGACCUGACGGGCAGCGCGCGGGAGCGGCUGCGAGCCCUGCAGGGCCGCCCCAUUGAGGCCGCGCUGCUGCCCACCACCUUCGUGCACGGGCUGCCCGACGACCCCGGCGGGCCCGAGCCCGGCCCCGGCCCCCAGCCCGGCGGGAAGGAGGAGCUGCGGCAAUGUGGCUUACACGAGUGGCUAGCGACGCUGUCAUUUGAUAACCCCGAUUGUCCUGACCUGCAGCUGACCAUGGGUGCGGUAAUUGUGGAGGAAAUGAGGGUGGCCGUAGAAGCAGCCACCGGAUUCAAGUGUUCAGCUGGAAUUUCACACAACAAAACACUGGCAAAACUGGCCUGUGGGCUAAACAAGCCCAAUCGCCAGACACUACUGUCCUCGCGAUUUGUCCCGCAGUUCUUCAGCCAGCUGCCUGUCGGCAAUAUCCGUAACCUGGGAGGCAAGCUUGGCACUGCCAUCACAGACAUCCUGGGAGUAGAGUACAUUGGGGAGCUGACACGGUACAGUGAGAGAGAGCUCCAGACUCACUUUGGAGACAAAACUGGGUCCUGGCUCUAUUACUUGUGCAGAGGAAUUGAAGAGGAACCUGUCAAAAACCGGUACCUGCCCCAGUCCAUUGGCUGCAGCAAGAACUUCCCUGGGAAGAUAGCCCUGGCCACACAGAAAGAGGUGCAGCACUGGCUCCUGCAGAUGGCCUUGGAGCUGGAAUCCAGACUGAUCAAAGACAGGAGCCAGGUGUCGCUUGAAACACAGCUACCUCUUCUCUCUCUGCAGAACCACCGAGUGGCCAAGCAGCUGAUGGUGGUCAUCCGCAUGCAGGGAAACACCCGGGUGUCACGCUUCUGUGCUCUGACCCGCUACGAUGCCCAGAAGAUGUGCAACGAUGCCUUUGCCCUCAUCCAAAACUGCAACGUGGCUGGCGCUCACCAGGCGGCCUGGUCUCCACCACUUAUAUCGGUGCUUCUCUCGGCAAGCAAGUUCUCAGAACCUGCCACACUCCUCUCUGCAGGCAUCACCACCUUCAUGACGGGUGAUACCCAGCCUGAUGACACUGUCACCGCUGGCCAAAACAAUACAUCUUCCAGGAGGCCCAUGGUCAAGUUCUUUAGGAGCCCAAGCAAAGAGCUCAGGCAGAAGCCAGCUAAUGCUAUUGAGUCAUUCUUCCAAAAGGCAUCAGAAAGGCAGCAGUCACAGAUGGCAGCAGCAACCAGCCUGCCUGCUGCUCCCACUGCAGCGUCACCUGUGCCCAGCUCCCCAGAGCACCAAGAGGGAGAUGGUGUUGGCCUUGGCUCUGUGCAGUGCGACCUGGAGUCCCCUGUGAAGCAGAGUCCCAGAGAUGGGAGCAGUACUUCUUACAAGAGGCUUCACCGUGGGAAGUCACUGUCUGAUGCUACACAAACACCCUCAACUCCACCCAGCUCUAGGACCCUUCUGAAAUCAGAGCCAGCUAUGGAGGAAAAUGAGCAGAAUUUGCCACCCUCUCCUGAGCUCACCCUGCUCCCUCCUGCCUCACCAGGGGACCAGCAACACUGUGAGAAGUGUGGCCAGCUUGUGCUGGUGUGGGAGUUCCCAGAGCACAUGGACUACCACUUCGCUCUAGAGCUGCAAAGCUCCUUCCUGGAGUCCAGUGUUCCUACUGCUCCAGCAGCAGACCCCAACCCAACGGCUGCAGCUUCCACAUCUCCUGCCAAGGCAAAGAACAAGGCCAAGACUUCAGCAGGAUCUAGUGCAAAACGGCCCAGAGAAGGUGUAACAAGAACUUUAGAUUUCUUCUUUAAGCGCUUACCUCCUUAACUCCCACCUGUGCUGGCAGCUUUUAUAGAAUCUGUGUUUUUAAAAGAAUCAGUGUUCUUAAAGAAUUGGUGUUUUUAAAUAUAGUUAAAAGUUUUUA